AUGUCUGAUCCACAAACCAGUGACAAGGCAAUUGAUCAGCCUGCGCCGACUACAGGCGACACGCCCCAGGAGGAAUCUCCCACAGGCCUUCUCCCCGGUCAGCAUUGGACGCAGACCGAGCCAGAUCAGAACGAUGAAGACGAUGAUAAUGACUCAACACUCUCGGACAACGCAAGCUCAACAGCUUCACUUUCGUCCGAUAUUUUGCGCUACCGAGAGAUCAACGGUAGGAGAUAUCAUAGUGAACAAGGCGAUGCUCAAUACUGGAUUUCAAACGACAAUCAAGCCAAUGAAGCACUUGACAUCAAUCACCAUGUUCUGAUUCUAAUGUACAACGAUAAACUCUACAAAGCACCUUUGAAAGAGGAUAUACAGAACGUUGUAGAUAUUGGAACAGGCACAGGAAUCUGGGCGAUGGACUUUGCCGACGAGUUUCCGGGCGCAAAAGUGGUAGGAAUCGACAUUUCCCCAAUCCAGCCAAGAUGGCUACCACCAAACCUCGAAUUUCAAAUCGAUGACUGUACCCAGGAAUGGACUUUCAGAGAGAAUUCACUUGACUAUGUACACAUGAGAUUCCUGGUCGGCAGUAUUGUUGACUGGCCUGGGCUGUUCAAGCAGGCAUAUAAAUGCCUGAAGCCAGGGGGUUACAUCGAAAGCCAUGAGGCCUCACCUUGCAUUGGCAGUGACGAUAACUCAGUAUCUGAAGAUAGUGCUAUGGGACAGUGGGGAAAGAUCUUCAUGGAAGGAGGUCGGAAGCUUCAACGACCAUUCUCCGUUCUCGAAGACAACGUUCAAGUUGGGAGCAUGAAAGAAGCAGGAUUCGUUAACAUUGAGGAAGAAGAGAUCAAGGUGCCCAUUGGCGGAUGGCCUGAAGAUCCCAAGCUCAAAGAGGCUGGUCAGUAUUUUCAGGCUGCAAUCCUACAAGACGUCGAAGGCACUCUCAUGUUCAUUGCAAACCUAUUAGGGUGGAGUAAAGAAGAGAUACACGUCUUUGCCGCCAGGUACCGUCGUGAGAUCCGGUCGAAGAAGGUCCACGGGUACUUUCGCGGAAAGGUGGUUUGGGCGAAGAAGCCACUCGACAGCUAA